AUGGAGACAGACAGGGAGACGGACGGGGAGACAGAUAGGGAGACGGACAGGGAGACAGACAGGGAGACGGACAGGGAGACAGACAGGGAGACAGACAGGUGGACAGAUAGGGAGACAGAUAGGGAGACAGACAGGGAGAAAUACAGGGAGACAGACAGGGAGACAGGCAGGGAGACAGACAGGGAGACAUACAGGGAGACAUACAGGGAGACAGAUAGGGAGACAGGGAGAAAGACAGGUAAACAGACAGGGAGACAGACAGGGGGACAGAUAGGGAGACAGACAUGGAGACAGACAUGA